AGUUGUGCUUUAACAGCUUUUCACUUUACAGAAAGCCAUCUGCUUUUGCAGCAAUCUUCUUUCAACUGCUUUAAGAUUUGCUAUCACAUUGAUGUUGCCUUGUGAUUUUUUGACUUCAGUGCAUGACCUUUAGUGAUGAAGGAUAAAGGAAGUGAAAUCCAGAGAUGGGAAGAAACGCGCAUUAGGUUACUGACACAGUAAUGUGUAUAUUGUCUCAUCAGAAGGACGUCUAUACAUUGGCACUGCUCUUUUCCUGCAAGAUCAACCAGGAUCUGAUUUUCUUGUGAAUUAAGGAGGAAUUCUUAUAAUGAAUUUGAAGAAUGAAUAAAAGACAGUGAAGUUAUUUUUUUCCGUUUCCUGUGAUAGCAAAACUCUUUGAACACAUUAGCAAGAAGAGAAAAGAUUUGCCCAUUGCAAUUUAAUAUGCAUUGUAGAUUAGACUGGAUGUAUGUUUCGUUUAUUAAUUUAAUACUUUUAGGCUAUGUUAUGUUUUCUUCACCAAUUAUCUCAGUGAUUUAAAAAAAAAAUCAUUAAGUAUCAACUUUUUUCCUUGAGAAAUAAGGAAAAAUAUCAAUAUUCUUCAUUCAUAGUUUCUGUAUACCAUAGUAUGAGAAUAUUAUUUGAAGACCGCUAAUGUCUUUGAACAGAUUUUUAAAAGGAAGACACGAGGGUCAUAACAGCAGAUACUCAACAAGAGUGACCCAGGUCCUACACAAUGCAUCAGCCACAAUAUUCCACUCCCUACCUAGGAGGGGCAGGCGGAAAACCUCACAUCAAGCAAGUUCUGAUGACAUCAUGCACCAGGACACCUCCCCUGUCUGUGCGGCUGAUAUUGAGGACCAGUUGAUGAAACAGUUUGCCUACUUGUCAGGUGGAAGAGGUGAAAAUGGAUGCCCUGUCAUCACCUUCCCUGAAUAUCCUGCAUUUAGCGAGAUCCCAGAAAGAGAGUUCCAGAAUGUUCUGACAUAUCUUACUAGUAUACCAAGUCUACAAGAUGCAGGAAUCGGGUUUAUCCUAGUCAUUGAUCGAAGACAGGACAAAUGGACCUCGGUAAAAGCAUCUAUACUGAGGAUAGCGGCCUCUUUCCCAGGGAACCUGCAACUUGUCAUUGUCCUGCGCCCAUCAGGAUUAUUCCAUCGUGCACUUUCGGACAUUGCAUAUAAAUUUAGCAAAGAUGAAUUUAAAAUGAAGGUACCGAUCAUAAUGCUGAACUCAGCAACAGAAUUACACAGUUACAUUGACAAGUCACAGCUCACACAGGACCUUGACGGCAGUCUGGAUUAUUGUCAUAAAAGCUGGCUACUACACCGCACGGCUAUAGAAAAUUUUGCCCUAAUGGUGAAGCAAACUGCCCAGAUACUUCAGUCCUUCGGGACAGAACUGGCUGAAACCGAACUGCCAAAUGAUGUGCCCUCCACCAGCUCCCUUCUAGCUGUGCAUGCAGAGAAGAAAGACAAAAUGAAAGAUGACCUGAGGUUAGCAUUAAAGCAGGGGCAUGUCAUACUAGACAGGAUCAUGGAGCCUGUCAAAGAAAACCCUGACUAUAGGAUGAAUGCAGACCAGUUGGACAACCAGACCACUGUGGAAAGGCUGAUCAUGCAGUUAAAUGAAACAGAAACAGCUUUCGAUGAGUUUUGGUCAAGACAUCAGCAGAAGCUGGAGCAGUGUUUGCAGUUGCGACAUUUUGAAUUCAAAUUUCGAGAGGUCAAGACAUCGCUAGACAGCGUUACUGAGCGAUUAUCCUCAUUCAGGGACGUGGGAAAUAGCUGCUCACAUGUGGAGCACAUCCUGAAGGAUCUCAGUAACUUUGAAGAGAGAUCUCAGGAAGUUUUACAGUCUGCCAUGGCUUUAGCCAAUGAAGGUGAUCAGCUCAUCCAAAAUAAUCACUAUGCUGUGGACUCAAUCCUCCCAAAAUGCAGUGAGCUUCAUCAGCUGUGUGAGACCACCAGCAACUACAUAGAGCAGAGACGGGAGCUCUUCCAUAAAUCAUUGGAGCUACACAGGCACCUGGAGAAGACAAUGGAGUGGUGUGAUGAAGGAAUCUAUUUGCUAGCUUCUCAACCUGUGGAUAAGUUCCAGUCCCAAGAUGGAGCAGAAUCAGCACUUCAAGAGAUUGAAAGAUUCCUAGAAACGGGCGCAGAUAACACUAUCAAAGACUUAGCUCAAAUCUUGAAACAGUAUGAAGAAAUUAUCAGCCCAGAACUGCAGGAACAUGUCCACAAAGUAUUCCAGAAACAGAAAAGCAUGCAAGAAAUGUUUGAUAAGAGGAAAGGAAGCCUUAAAAAGCUUGCAGCAAAGCAGACGCGGCCCGUACAACCCGUUGCUCCAAGACCAGAGGCAAUUAUAAAAUCCCCUAACUCCUCCCCAGUUCUGCAACGGGCAUCUGAGCACAGAUCUAGUUCAGAAAGUGCUUCUCAGCGACGGAUGAACUUCCAGAGAACAAAGAGCGAGGUGGAUGGAAGAUCUCAUUCAGUGAUGGACAAUGAAGAAAAUCUAGCAGUGCUUAGAAGGCAUGUUAUGAAUGAACUUAUUGAGACAGAACGGGUUUAUGUGGAAGAGCUGCUCUCCGUCCUUGAGGUACGUACGUAGAAGUCAGAGAAUCCGAUAGUGAUGCACCUCCUCUCUCCAAUGCUACAAAAUAAAAAGGAUGUGUUAUUUGGCAACAUGGAAGAGAUUUAUCAUUUUCAUAAUAGAAUAUUCUUAAGAGAACUGGAAAAUUACAUAGACUAUCCAGAGCUAGUGGGAAGAUGUUUUCUAGAAAGGAUGGAAGAUUUCCAGAUCUAUGAAAAAUACUGCCAAAACAAGCCGCGGUCUGAGAGUUUAUGGCGGCAAUGCUCAGAUGCAACAUUUUUUCAGGAGUGUCAGAGGAAACUUGAUCAUAAGUUAAGCCUGGACUCCUAUUUACUGAAGCCUGUACAAAGAAUAACAAAAUACCAGCUGCUUUUAAAGGAAAUGUUAAAGUACAGUAAAAACUGUGAAGGAGCUGAAGAUCUGCAGGAAGCUCUGGCCUCAAUCUUGGGCAUUCUUAAAGCUGUCAACGAUUCUAUGCAUCAGAUUGCUAUCACCGGAUAUGAGGGAAACCUAAAUGAACUUGGUAAACUUUUGAUGCAAGGAUCAUUCAGUGUCUGGACAGAUCAUAAAAAGGGCCAUUCAAAAGUGAAAGACCUAGCCAGGUUUAAACCGAUGCAGAGACACUUAUUCCUACAUGAGAAGGCUGUGCUGUUCUGCAAGAAGAGGGAAGAAAAUGGAGAGGGAUAUGAGAAGGCUCCAUCCUACAGUUUCAAACAUUCCUUAAACAUGACAUCUGUUGGUAUAACUGAGAAUGUAAAAGGAGACAAUAAGAAGUUUGAAAUUUGGUACAAUGCAAGAGAGGAAGUUUAUAUUGUGCAGGCACCUACCCCAGAAAUAAAGGCAACCUGGGUAAAUGAAAUUAGAAAAGUGUUGACUAGCCAGCUGCAGGCAUGCAGAGAAGCCAGUCAGCACAAAUCCCUGGAACAAACAUUCAGUUCACCAUUACCAGCACCAUCUAGUACUAGUCCCAUAAGAAGCAAGUCAGGGAAGAUAAAGAAAUUGGAGGAGAGAAAAACUGAACCUCUGAUUAGUCCAGAAGCUCAUUCUCCUUCUUCAGCAACAUUACCAAAGUACCUUGAGAGAAAUAGAGAUGGCACAGUUACUAGUCCUACCUCAGAAUCUUCUGCAAUGUCAAAAAAGCGCUUCACUUUGCAGGCUUUUCCUAACCUCAAAACUCAGAAAGCUUCUCCUACCAGCCCUGACAAAAAAGCUAAACGUCAUGAAGUAAAGAGUGACCCAACUCCCUUUGGUUUAAGAGGCUGGAACAGAACAUCUCAGUCUCUUGAUGCCUCCGAAGAAAAUAAUGAUGGUUGGUCAAGUGGAGAAGAUCCAUUAAAUUCCUCUGAUGCGGAAGAAGAAGGAACAGAAAAUACAGAAGAAAAAAAACUAGUUCCUGGUAAAUACACCGUUGUGGCCGAUUACGAGAAAUGUGAUGAGUUCCGGGUCAAGUGUGGGGAUAUAGUUCAGUUAAUACGUGAAGAUGAUGAUGGAAUGUGGUGUGUGAAAAACCUGAGCAGCAACAAAGAAGGACUUGUGCCCUCCAGCAACCUAAUGAGUCUCAUUACCCCUUCUAAAUCUGCCCACUCAUUAAGCAGCUCAGAAUCAGGAACUGCCUCAAGCACUUUAAGCUCAUCAUCCAGCUGUAGUGAGAGUUGUAAUGCCAGCAGCAUCAGUUUUGCAGAUAUCAAAAGCUGAGCUAAAGAUCAGUGAUCAGAACAUGGAGGAUCUCUUGAACAGCCAAUCAGCACUGUUUGCUCAGCAGGACGAAUAGGAAAUGGGAAGAAGAAAAAACCUUCCUUUAUUUUAACACAGUAACUUGAAACCGUCUGGUGUUAAUGAGCUGAUUACUUGUAUAAGUGGAUGGUGCACAGACUUACAUAUUUUUUAUUCUGAGGGAAUGCAUGCUACUGAACUGUGCCUGGAGGAGUCACAUAGGGAUAAGUCUGCAAUAUCACUUGUUUGGAGAUCAGUUUACAGCUCUGGAACCUGUGUUUACACUGUCAGCAUUUCACAUUCACUGUGUAUAUGAGUGUUGGACCUCAGUAUGACGUACUGUAGCUGUGAUGCCAGUUUGCUGUCAUGAUUUGCGUUCCCAAGCGCCACACAAGAUUACCCAGCUCUUUUAGGCUCUGUGCAUCAACAGGAAAAACAAAACGAACCGAGACUUUUGCCUUUUACACUUUUUAAUGAGUGCUUGGGCCAUUUUGCGGUCCUUUUUUUGCCUCGAAUCAAGUCACAAAAGAAAACCAUAUCCGUUUUUGCAUAUUACAGUAAUUUGCUAGGAAAUUUGAUACAAAGUUAUUUUUCCACUCUCUUAGAACCAAACAUUUGUAAGUGCAGAAAGAAUGGUCUAGCAAUGUUAUUAGAUGGUGCUGAGAAAAAUGAAAAUAGCUAUAAAAAGAUGGUAUAAAAGCAACCUUUAUGCCAUUUAUACUAAUUUGAAGCAUUCAGCUGUGGAGUAGCCUGGGGAAUUUUAAUGUAGAUACUGUUAUGAAUAUAGAUUAAUAUUUAAUCAUAGUUACAACCAAAUAUUUAUACACAGCACUUUUUAUACAUGAAAUCAGAACAAUAUUGUAUUCUGAUGUCAGCGCCUUGAGUGCACUGGGUUCGGUCACACAAAACCCAAUAAGCAUCUCACUAUAUCAUAUGGUGCUGUUACCCCACAUGGAUUGUCAAAAUGAGUCAAAUUUAACUGAUUUCUUUAAUUUGUCAGCAAACCAGUCGGGCUCACUUGAAGAAGAAAGGCGCAUUUUGUUCAGCACCUUUUUGAUUGCAAUACAUACAACAUUUGCUUGCUUUUUUUUAAAUAAUAUUUUUAUUGACAAUUAAGGUGUUCUAGUUUAGUAUGUAUUUGUAAGCUAUAACAAGUACAUAGCAUCAGUAGCUCCUAUAUAAAGAUAUUAUGGAGUCAAAAUUAAAUUGGUCAGCAUUUCAACAUUAUUUCUAACUUUUAAUGAGGAUAUACUUCUAAAGAAUACAUUUAGAUCAUUUUGGGGUUUUUGGGAAAAACUUUUCUUUGCCCUGUAUGAAAGAGGUCUCAUAUUGUAUUUGCUAUUUGACCUAAUGUCCACUAAGU